GUGAACAAUGGCGGACCUGUGGCGGAGCUGGGAUCGAUCCUUCUGUUGAAAACCUGAUUAUUUUCCUUUAUUGCUGUAUUAGGUUAAGAUCAAGCCAUCAUGCCUCGGCUAGGUCUUGGUUACGAUAUGGACCAGUUCCUGGACCAUUGUCGCAUGACCAAGCCUCCUUACGAGUGCCCCCAUGCCUCCUGUGGCAGGAUCUACCGCAGUUUUGCGGGGAUGCAGCAUCACAUGACAACUUACGACCAUGAAAAUCCUCCUCCUAAUGUGGUCACUCCAAAGUCAGCGCGGAAGAAAAACAUGAAGAGGCCACCAUCCCCUCUUGCAAGCCAGGAGCCAGAACCUCCAUCAAUACCUUACUCUCAUGAUAUGAAGACCGUAGAGUUUGAGGUAGAUGGGAAACUGUCUCGCCUCUCUGUCUACGACCCAAUAGAAAUUCUCUCCAAAGAAGAUUAUGAGGCAUCGAUGCCCCCUAUAGUGGAGGAGCCUCCUCCUCAAGAACAGGCUCGCACACCUUCCAUAAAGCCUCUGCCCAAGACUCCAACAUCUAAAGCACCAUCAUCUAAAACCAGUGUACCCAACACUCCCUUGCCCAAGACUCCCUUACCCAAGACACCCCUACAGAAACCACCCAAGGCACGAACAACUGACAAGGACCGAGGAGUGGAUGUUCAGCGCUACACCAUCGAGGAGAAAAAGAGCAACAAGCUCCCAGAAGCUUCCUUUAGAAUAAUUGAGGACUACUACAAGAACCUUCCAGAUGCUCCUCCACAGCCCUCAAACUACUACAGAUUUAUUGAAAAGAGUUUGGAAGAGUUAGAUGAGGAAGUAGAGUAUGAUAUGGAUGAAGAGGACCGUGCCUGGCUGCAGCUAAUGAACGAAAAGAGAGCUGUAGAUGAACUUCCACCUGUUCAGAUGGAGACUUUUGAACUCCUCAUGGACCGACUAGAGAAGGAAUCAUUUUUUCAGGCACAGUGUUCGGGUAGAGAUUCCGGAGUACCAAUUGAUGAGGAUGCCGUGUGCUGUAUAUGCAUGGAUGGAGAAUGUCAAAACAGCAAUGUAAUCCUCUUUUGUGAUAUGUGCAACUUGGCGGUUCAUCAGGAAUGUUAUGGCGUCCCUUACAUUCCUGAAGGGCAGUGGUUGUGUCGCCGGUGUCUUCAGUCUCCAUCUCGGGCUGUGGAUUGUGCUCUCUGUCCUAAUAAGGGUGGGGCAUUCAAGCAGACUGAUGAUGGCCGCUGGGCGCAUGUUGUGUGUGCCAUGUGGAUCCCAGAAGUGUGUUUUGCCAAUACUGUCUUCCUGGAGCCCAUUGACAGUAUUAAUAACAUUCCUCCGGCGCGCUGGAAACUCACCUGUUACAUCUGUAAGCAGCGAGGUGUUGGAGCUUGUAUCCAAUGCAACAAGGUUAACUGUUAUACUGCAUUUCAUGUUACGUGUGCUCAACAAGCUGGACUGCACAUGAAGAUUGAUGCUGUGAGAGAAACAAGUGUCAAUGGGACUUCGGUUACUGUGAGGAAAGCUGCGUACUGUGAUAUGCACACACCGGCAGACUCUGAUGCGCGUCCCCAGCUUGAUGAGAUUAUGGACUCUGCCAAGAAAGCUGCAGCAAAGGCAGCAUCGCGCCAAAAAAUGAAGAAGGCCCGUAAGAUAUUAGCUGAGAAGCGGUCUGCUGCCCCAAUUGUUUCUGUUCCAACUAUACCAGCUGAUCGUAUUCAGAAAUUGGCAACCCUGGUUACCAUGCAGAAGCGGUCCCAAUUUAUGCAUCGACUCUUAGCAUAUUGGACCUUGAAACGACAGUCUAGGAACGGGGUCCCUCUUUUGCGGCGCCUCACCACAUCACACUCCCGCCGUAACAACCGGCCUAUUGAAGAUAAAACGUCUGGCAUGAAGGACAAAGAAAGAGUUUUGACAGAAGCUGAAGGAUUACGGGAGGAAAUCAAAUAUUGGCAGAGGCUACGACAGGACUUGGAAAGAGCUCGCCUGCUGUGUGAGCUGAUAAGGAAGAGGGAGAAGACUAAGAGAGAGUUUGUCAAAGCGAAAGCUGAGGAGAAAAAGGUCCAGCUGGCUCCAUUUGUGCACUUGUUGUUGCAGACAAUAGAUCUUAUUCAGGAAAAAGAUCAGCAGAUGAUUUUUGCUGAACCUGUUGACUUAGUAGAGGUGCACGAUUACUUGGAUGUGGUGAAACAUCCAAUGGACCUUUCUACGAUGAGACAAAAGGCCCAAACUCACCAGUACAGAGACGUUGACCAGUUUGCCAAUGACUUCGAACUCAUGAUUGACAAUUGCCUUAUUUACAAUGCCAAGGAAACUAUUUUUUACAGAACAGCCGUCAAGUUACGGGAUCAAGGUGGUGCUAUUAUUCGUCAGCUGAGAAGAAACGUAGAGAAUAUUGGGUUUGACAUGGAGACUGGCCUCUUUCUACCCCACCGUCCAAAACCUAUGCCAGAGUUUUCAGACAACAAGAUAAUCAAAGAGGUUGAUGAGGCCCUUUCAGGUGAUGCUGAUGAUUCCAUGAGUUUUGAAGAGAGAGAAAAGGCCCUACUGGAGCUGCUGGAUAAAGCUAACAUGUUGAGACACCAUGUGGCUCGCAUUAAACGCGUCAAGUCAAUCAGGCGAGAAAUUGGCAUUGUGCGUAGGAAGUUGGCCCUGAACCAGUCAGGAAGUCUGAAUCACAAAACUAGUGCCAUGUACUAUGACACUGAAGAUGAGUCUGACAAAGAAGAUUCUGAUAUUGAUGAUAGUUCGGUAAUUGAUGAUGAAGCAGAACCCGGGGAACCAAGUCGUCCAAGCACUCCACCCCAUCUGCCCCCACACCUCAAGCAUAAUCCAAGCAUGGUUUCAACCCAAGGUAGUAGUCACUCUGUGUCUUUGUCGUCGCCGCUGACUACACCUUCACAAUGCCAGCAGAGGAGAAGUAGCAUCAAAGUAACACCUGAGGAUGACCACAAGCAGAAGCACAUAGACUCCUUCUUUACUCGGGUAAGCAAGAAUCAACAAAGAACGCUGACAGAACGGCAGGAUCCAGCUCCUGCUAUUGCUGAUGAAGCCAAAGCAGCCAAGCCAGAAAAGGAAGAUUCUGCUCAAGAGACACCAAAGAAGCGUGGACCAGGACGGCCUCCAAAACGUCCUCGAACGCUAUCUGGACCAUCAGUGAGUCCACCAGCUAAGAAAUUGGAGAGUGAAUCAGUUGAUACUGCAACUCCCAACAAGGAGAGUAGUGAAGAUGGUCCUGAAGAAGAGCCCCCAUCUGUACCUAGCUCUCCAUCAGGUGUUAAUCGUCGCACCUCGGUUCUUUUCACAAAAAAGGCUGGAGCCUUGUUUAAGAAACCUGACAACUCCUCCCCACAGAAGCGGAUAUCUCGUCAACGUCGUGGAUCAGAGGGCACCCAGGGAACUAACAGUGAUGCAGAGAUUCAGUCGCCAGAGAAGAAUGCUAAAUCCAUUCGCAAGAAGAAAGGCCCAUCAAUGAAUGCAAAAACUGGCUCCCUGUCAUUCCCAGAUGGCAUCUCCAUCCUAGACCUGUCUGAUACGGGAACUCCACCUGCUAAAGAUUCUUUCAAAACGUACCGACAAGGAGGAGAAAUUCCCCCAGAAACAGAUGAAGAUACUCAUUCUGAAUCCAACUCCAGCUUGUCAGACACAGAAGAUGACACUGCCUCAGAGACAGACUCGGAUGGAGGAGGAAGUGGGAGCGACUCGAGUGCUGAAGGCGAUUCUCCAGGUUCAGGCCAUACUGGGGACCAAAUACCAUUGGAGCCUCUAGAUUUGGUGUGGGCCAAGUGCCGUGGUUACCCAUGGUAUCCCGCAUUGAUCAUAAACCCUAAAAUGCCAAAGACUGGAUAUUUCCACAAUGGUGUGCCCAUCCCUGUGCCUCCAGAUGAUGUACUCGCUCUAGCCAACAACUACCCAUCACCUAUGUACCUAGUUCUCUUUUUUGAUAACAAACGAACAUGGCAGUGGCUACCACGUUUCAAGCUGGAACCCCUGGGUGUAGAUUCUACUCUGGAUAAAGCCAAAUUGGUUGAGUCCCGGAAGCCAGCAGAGAGAAAGGCUGUGAAGAAGGCAUACGAGAAGGCCAUUUUUCAUCGCUGCAGAGUCACUGGAGAAAACACAGGACUCAGUGGAGAAUCUGAAAAUGAGGAGGCCACCUGAAGGCUAAAUAGUGCUAUGAAUUUUAAGGCACAAUACUGGAGGAAUAAGGUUCUUUUGAAGGUUGUCAUUAGUGGUUCAAGAUUUAUUUAAUUAAUCACAGGAAAAUUUUUUAUAUUACUUAUGAGUUAAGAUUGAUUCAGAGGUCAAAGAAUGGUGCUUAUGGCUGACAUUCAUCUAUAUUUAUAAUUAUAUGAAUACCAAUCAUAAUCUUUUUCCCAAGAAACAUUUUGAACCACAGCAUCUGUCAGAGGACAGCACUAUUCAAUUUUAAGACAAACACUGCCAGCAACUCACAGAUAUCAUCUUGGAGUUCUCUAUGUAGUUUAUAAUGAUAAAGGUAAUAUAUGGAACUUAUUGAUAAACAAUACAAGAUAACUUUCCCAAAGAAUUCAGUGGAAAGUUCAGUGAACUAGUCAGUCAUUCCAAAUUUUUUAUUUAUAUAUAUUUGUAAAAAAAAAAUCAACAUGGGAUUUUUCUUUUUAUACAGAUAUGGUACGGUACACGUAGUCCAUAAUAAUUGUGAUUACAAGUUGUUUAAUGUUAACUUUCAGGGACAAUAUUACUUCAUGUAACAGCACUUAUGUUUCCAUGAAAUUCCUAUCCUCAAAAAAAAAAGGGUUAUUUAAAGCAAGUUGUUCUGAGGAGUUAACCCUUGUUAAUUAUUUAAUGCUAAGGGAUUAUUUGCCAGUGGGUGAAUGAGAUAUAGGCAAAUAAGUUGAUUGUUGUUCAUGUUCACAAUGUGCAACCAAAUCAACGGCAAAACUUAAGAAGUUUGACUUCAUGUUUAUAAACUUUUUGGAAUAAGUAGCCAUAUAUGCAUUAUUGUAAUAGUAUAUUGUAUCAAAAUGUGCUUAUCCUAUUAUGAAUGCAACUGUUUUGAUGUAUUUAUAUUAUUUUUUAAACUUGCCAUCCAGUAAGGCAGGCUUAGACAUAGGCUUUAUUUUCCAUAGAUCAAAUUACAGUAUGUUAAAAAAAUUUACAUAUUUAAAUAUAAAACCGUGAUUUAGAAUUUAUCAUAAGACUGCCUUAGCAUUGGUGUUAAGAGAAUCUUAGAUAGUAGUGUACAUGUCUCAGUGAAUACUUAACUAGAUCCUGGUGGCAGUGGCUUCCAAGUAUGAUUCAGGUUACGGGUGGUGACUGACUAUAGCCACCAGUUGUACGUCAGAGCAUUUUAAUGUGUAGAUUGUUAAAAUUAUUUCCUUUUAUUAAGACAUCCUAUUGUGUUUGUUUUCAAUUUGAAUUACAGACACAAAAAAUUUAAUUUCAAUAAUGUUUUCAGUUUACGUGGGAACCUUAUUUAAAAGUUAAUGAGAAUGCAGUAUGCAGUAUAAUCCAACUAUUCUGAAGGAAAUUGUGUGCAGAUCUCACUAAAAUUAUGCACCAAUAAGAAAAACUACUAGUGUGUUUUUAUUUGAUGUAAAAAUGUUAUCUCCAAAAUACAUGCAGUAUAUAUUUUUUAAGAUGAAUUGAGAUUUAAUGCAGAAUUAGGUAUUGACUCUAAACAUCUCAUCUCACUUGCAGUUCCUUCUGCUUCUGUUUUAAAUGAAGUUCACAAAAGACUGCAGACCAGUUUGAAGGGGUAUCUACUGAAGCUCUGAUUUUCAUCUAUAGUGUGGAGUGUAAUUGCCAUGAAAUUGGGGUCAGUAGGUGCAUGUUUGAAAGGAGGCAAGAUAGAUGUAAAUGUGUGCGUGUGUGGAGUUAGAUUACAACUCGGUAAACAGGUAUCCCUCGAUAUAUGAAUGGGUUAGGUAAAAAAAAUAAAAUAAAAAAUCCUUUAGGUGAAUCUUCGUAUCUCAAUUAAUAGAACAAAUGGGAAAAUUAGGGUUCGGUUUACCAAUGACAAAAAUACCCCGGUAUCAUACCCCAAAAACACAAAUUAAUAAAAUCUAUCUAGAUGAAAAUAUGCAGCUAAAACUAUUAAGUAAAAGCAAGGUUUAACAGGCACUAUUUGCAAACACACUGGCUGCUACACACAUGGCCGCCCUCAAACAUUGCAAUAGCAACGCAGUCUGGCUGCCUCUGCCGACCCUUAGCAACACUUCCCCUCAGCUCUCGCACACAAAGAAAUAUUUAUUCCCAUUAUGUUUUCACCUUAUAAUUAUUUAUUGUUUUAUUUAUUUGCACAUUCUGUGUGUAUGAUUGUGUGAGAGUGUAACUGAAUGAAAAAAAAUUACAAAGAAAGUUAUGUUCAUAUAACCAAAAUUACGAGUUGAAAAAUGACCAUAACAUACUUCUACCUCAGCCUGGUAGGGAGAGGGCUGUGGGGGCGUGACCGCCCCAGCUGAUUCCCGGGGGCGCAACUAGAAUUUUUUCCGGGACAUGAAAAAGAGGUGGUAAUUUACGAAAUUCGUAUAAGAGAUUUUUCAUACAGGUGUACCCUGAUAACGGAUGCAUUUAGGGACCGGCAAAUGUCAUUGGUUAGUGAAUCAACGGUUAUUGAAGCAAUUAAUCCCAUACGAACAUAACAAAUUCAGGUGGUUAGGGACUGGCAACCCCCUAAAAAUUUCCAUCUACCCUUGAUAUAUCUUUGUUGUGCACACUGUCAAGCACAAAAAUACAGCACACAUAUGAAGCAAGCAUAAUACAGUAAGCCUUAAAUAAGCAAUGUAAAGCAUAAAUUGAGACUUAUUUACCCAUGUUGAUGGCAGAGAUGGUCUAGGAUGACAAGUUCAAGUCUCUACCACUCUUUGCUGGUACAUCACCACUCUUAUUAUGCCUUAUAACAUCACAUUAAGCUGCCCAGUACAAGAUGAGCUAUCACUGAGGCAUUUAGACAUGAUUGAGGAACACACUAAGUCAGAAGUAAUGAAAAAACACAAAGUCAGUGCAAGUUGUAAACAAGAACAAAGAUGGCAGGAAUAAAUCAGGGCAGUGCGUAGAGCCCUCUUGUAGCAAGAAUUCACAGUGCCACCUCCCACCAAUUUCAAAACAGUUCUGCCGCUCCUAUCCCGAUCAUCGGAUCUCUGGGGUAUGCGAAACGAUGGUUAACGGGAUGUCAGUUUUCGGGGUACACCUGUAUCUUGAACGUUCAUAUAGUGAGAGAUACCUGCACUGGUAAACCUUUGGCUGUUGCAGUAAAGUAAUCCAUAGGGACAAAAUUUAAUCUUCCUUAACUGUAAUAUUUGACCAACCACAAAACCCAAAAUUGCUGCAUCUAGUUGCUACAUUACCCAGCUCAUUUUGCCUCGCCUUGGUUGUUUUAAACUUUUAUGGUGCAUUAUUAAUAUAAUUUAACUUUUAAAAGUACAUCAAUAUCACUUCCUAUACUAAGCUUGUGUUAAUAGUUCCUUAGUGACCCCCUGCAAUUUAAAUAUGCAGCCAACAUGUUAAACAAAAAUUGGAAGGAUAAUGUUCAGUGGUGUAUAAAGUGAUAAGAAAUAACAUACUUUAUGACUGGGUGGAUGUUGCUAAAGGAAAUGUUUAAGGAAUAAAUUUAAUAAUUAGAGGGGUACAGUACAAGCAAGGCUGAAAUUAAAAUAAUUUUCAAGUCUUACUGAUCAGAGCCAAUUUGAAGUUUAGUAUCUACAUUCAGACAUUGGACAACAUAGAUGACAACUCAACAAUCUGUCAUCUCUGAUUUUAUAUCGAAGAUACUUUAUUUUAUUUUUUUAUUGAAAAAGGAAAUUAAUCUCAGCACAAAGUACAGGCAUUAAAAAACAAAUUAUGUGAUAUUAGUGAAAACAACUCCACCCUGGGUAUAAUGUGUGUUUAAGAUGGUUGAUGUGGUGUAACUCACAAGGUAGCUUUUUUGGACAUGCAUUGUGAAUAAUAAUAAAAAUAAAUAAAAAGUGGUAAAGAGGAUUGGAAAUAAAGGGCACAUGUUAGGUGAAUGUUUUGUAAUUUUAAGCAAGAACAGUGAACUGAAUUGACCUUUAAACUGCGACUACAGGGAACCCUUGCUACCACUGUGUGUUUAGAAAGCAAGAGAACAAAUGCAACAUAUUAUAUUUUUUACAAAAUUAAAGAUAUGCAAGCAGAAAUAUGAGAAAAAAUAUAUAUCCUUAUCUACCCAAGUUUUGUGGUGAUCGAGUAUUAAGUGAGUGUGGGAGCCAAGUGAGUAGGGGCGGAAGGAUGAGCAAGUGGGUCACAGACUGGCUCCAACGGUGACAAACGUGUGUCUUCUGUGAUAACUGAAGGGCAGUUGAGAGCCCUACUAAGGCAUGGGUAGCAGAAAAAGUAUGUGGGAAAUGUGAUUUGCUUUAUGAAUGCUAAUCUUUUGUGCACAAUUAUAAAAAAUAUUGCACAAAAACCUUACCAUAUGGUGCAAGUCACAGUUUAAGGGUUUGAAGAGAGGGAGGGGGGGAGAGUAAGACAACAAUUAGUACAAAAUAACCCCAAUUUAUGGUAGUGUAAAUUUAUAUUUCUCCCAAAGCCUGUGAAAGUGGAUCUGAUAAGAGUGGCUGGUAGAGUGUAAGCAGUUAAGAGAAAUUUUAAUGGUUAAGUAAUGUAUAUUUUGAAGAGUGGAUCUGAUGUGGAAAUAAUGAAAUUGAAAAAGGGUGGUCUAAAGGUUGGGUGAUAAAAUGAAACCCUGAGUACUGCAUAAUGGAACAAGGCAACUAUAAUAUAGAGGCAGACCAAGGUAGGUGGAAGUGUUCAGAUCAUAACAUCUGGAGAAGAAAGAGCCAUAAGACAGGGAGGAAUGUGGAAUAAACUUACAGCAAGAGAAAGAUGUACAACAUUGGUCUGGUACAGCCAAUAUAGUAUGAGUACGUACAGUAUUUGCAACUUUUGUGCUGCACUUUUUUUUCUUAAGAUACUGUCAAUCCCAGUGGUACUGUAAUGCAGAUACUGUAUCACUAAGUUAGCAAGACCAGACUAAUCCUUUUACUGUGCUGUCAAUAUGGAGCUAGCAGAUUUACGUGUGUAUGUGUGUGUGUUUGUGUCUUAAGGAUAAAUUAUUUUCUCUUCGCAUCAGAUUAUGUUGAUUAUUUAACAGCAACAGUUCGAGGCAAAUACCAUAAGGUGUUUUUUUUAGCAGAGAUUUUUAAAUAAAAAUUAAGUGUUUUUUAAGAAAUGGUGUUUAAUUUUUUAAAUCAUUAGCUUAUCCAAACAUACUUAAAUAAAAGUGCAUACAUUAAUGUACUGCAGUUCAAGUUCUGAUGCCUAAAUUUUUUUAUCAUUAAAUAUGUCUGGAAACAAAUGAUAUACAAGUACUUUGUACUGUAAUUGGAAACCCCCAGAAUCUAGAAUUUAUUUUAAAAUAAACUCAGGAUAAUUAAUCUUACAUUAUUCUGUAACAGUAGCUACCUAACUUGUACAGUAAGUUAAUUUGUACGAAGUGACUUUUUUUGCUUCAUGCUAAUACAGUACAGCAUUUACGACAUUAUGGAUAACAAAUUUUUAAUUUUGUUCAGUGUUUGCCAAAAAUGUUCAUCCAAAUUUGUGUGCACAGUUCAUAAGUUUGUUACUCAGAUUAGCCAAGCACAAUACAUUCAAAGUCAUGUUAAACCUACAGAACAUAAAACUUUUUCUCGUCACCUUUUUAUAUAGGAAAUGGCAAAAUCACAAAUGUCUGCCACCAAUAUUUUCUUUUACUGGAAUUCAGAUUAGUUGGAUUUUACCAUACAUUACUGACGUAAUCACAAUGCACAAAGAUUCGAUCUUGAAAUCACAAAUACAGGUAUGUUGUCACUGCCCAAGUUUAAAUAAUUUUCAUAUACAGUAUAUUAUGGAACUAUAUACAGAUAAAAGUCAAAUGUUAUUGCAUAUAUUAGUUUUAAAAUGUGGUUAGAAACUAUAUAAUGCCCAUGUAUUUAGGGAAUCAAAAUCAUAUGUACUAUACAUGUACUGUACUCUAAUUUUUACAACAGGGUGAUAACAGGAAGGUUGAUUAUCCUUUCUGUGCAUGGUCUUCAAAAUGAGAAAUAGUGUGAGAUUUUUUCUUCAAAUCUGUUUAAUGCAAUGAAAUCUUAUAUAAGUAACUGAAGUCAUCAAUAUGGUUUUUAUACAAAUUUGAUGAAGUCAACCUAGGUAGAUUCAAGUUCUGCAUCUUGACUUCAAUCCAAUGCAGUAUGUCUAAAUUUUGUACAGUACUUAUUCUCAAUUUUUUAAAAGGCUACAUUAAGAUUAAGUUAAAGCCCCAUUAAAACAAAAUAGCAACCUGUAGUAGCAUUAAUGCAUUUAUUUGAUCUAUUGUUUCAUGUUUUCUAUGAAUGAUGCAUAAUUUGCAGUUAUAUUGGUGUUACAUUCCAAAACUUCCAUUUCAUUAUUUUUUGCAUGUCCUGGUUUCUGGCCUGUCCAUUCUAGAUUUUACUGUAUUCUGACAGAUACUAAAAUACUCUAUAGUAGAGUGUACUAUUCAUAUAUUAGAGCUACACAUGAGACUGCCUAAAUUUAAUACAGGUGCGGUAUAUACAGUACAGUACUGUACCUGUACUUGUCAAAAUGAAAAAUUCAUCUCUAAAUAAAUUAUAUAUUGUACUGUACUAUACUGUAUUAAAGAAAAAUUCUAAUUGUGCAUUUAGUUAUUCACUACAAAAAAUUAUAUACAGUACUGUAUGUAUAUUUCAAGACAAAGCUGUCCUCUAUCAGUCUUGACAAAUGCUGGUCCAUGGGAUAAAAUAAAUAUACAGGGUAUUCACUAACAUAUGAAUUACUUAAUGGUCUUAAUUUGUUUACUUAACAAGGCAGCAAUUUAUAUGGAACAUUGUUGUGACACCCUUAGGCAAGCUUUACUCAUUGAAUCACAUGGCCAAGGGGGAAUUUAAUCUACUAGAUGAAAAUCUAUGCCAAAUAUUAUUAAACAUCUGUCCAUACCCGAGGGCAAGCUUAAUUCACUCACCAGUCAACAGUUUGUUUAUAACCAUUAGGAUACAUGGCACUGGCUUAAAUUACUCAAUAAAUUAAUAAUCUUUGUCACGUGACUGCAAGCCAAUGCAGGGCAUAACCAAUGCUCCUUUAAGUGCACAUAUUUUUUCCCAGUUGUAUACAGCCAAGUGAUUAAGGAAGUCAUUAGAAACAAUAAGCUUUAGCAACAUGUUCAUAUAUUCACAGAUCAUUACGAAAUGCAAACAUGUUACAAGGAUGCGUCGUUUAGCGAUCGGGAUGCAUUCCUAAAAAAAAAAAAAAAGAUCGCCAAGUGAUUUUAUC